AGGAGGCUCGCACCCUCCUAGCCGGGCACGGGGAGACGGCGGGAUCGUGCCAACGCUUCGCCUGCCCGCUUUGGGGCCCGGAACCUCGACACCAGGGUCCGCCCGGUCGGUAAUGCUCCCCCGGACCACGGGCUGGGAGAGAUCCACAGACUCGGACGCCGGGGACCGCAGAACCACAGAGCCAUGGAGGAACAGCAGGAGGACUACGAGUCCGAGAUGGAAAAGACAAUGGAGACCGAGGAUUACCAGGAAUCCGAGCCUCCCACAACCCAGGAACACCCAGAAGAGCAGGAGGAUUUCCCCCCAGAACAGCCGUCUGCAGAAUUCCCUUCCACCACAGACAAAGGCACCCACGAGGCUGGGCCUCUGCCCCCCCUGCCCCCUCUGUCCUCCGACCCCGUGCCCCAGGCCUACGUGGAGCUUCAGGAGCUGGUGACGGACGGCCGGAACCGGGAGCCGCUCUGGAUGGAGGCGGCUCACUGGGUGCGGCUCGAGGAGAACCGGGGGGCUGAGGGGGGCUGGGGGAGGCCCCACCUCUCCUUCCUCCGCUUCUGGAGCCUCCUGCACCUCCAGCGGGCCUUCGCUAAGGGCACGAUGCUCCUGGACCUGGAUGAGCAGUACAUGGCCGGCAUCGCCGAAAAGCUGUGCGACCAGCUCAUCUACGAAGACCAGCUCAAGCCUCAGGACAGGGAUGCUCUGCGCCGGGCUCUGCUGCUCAAACAUAGUCCAGUGGGGGAGCUGGAGACCCUCGGGGGGGUGAACCCCACCGUCCUGCAGGCCUCGGGGGACACCGCAGAGCCGCUACUGCUGCCUGAAUCACCCUCCCUGGAAGCUCGGCUCUUCUGGGAACCGGGCGAAGGCAGCGGGGAGCCUUCCCAUGUGCUAGAGAAGAUUCCUCCUGAUGCCGAGGCCACCCUGGUGCUUGUGGGGCAGGCUGCUUUCCUGCAGGCUCCGGUCCUGGCCUUCGUCCGGUUGAAGGGGCCGGUCAAGCUGGAGGCCAUAGAGCUGCCGGUGCCGGUCCGCUUCCUGAUCGUGCUGCUGGGGCCCGAGGCCGCCCACACCGACUACGGCCAGAUGGGCCGGGCCGCUGCCACGCUCAUGGCUGAGAGGGUGUUCCGCGUGGCGGCGUACAUGGCUCAGAGCCGCAAAGAGCUGGUGGAGGCUCUGGAGGGGUUUCUGGACUGCAGCCUUGUCCUGCCUCCCACCAUCUCGUCUGACGAUGAACUGCUCCAAAGCCUGGUGCCCCUGCAGACCGAGCUGCUGCGUCGCCAUUACCAGACUGUGCCCACCAAAGGAGACCCUGACUUCCUCAAGAGGAUAGGUCCGUCCAGGGGUCCCAGAGAGCCGGGCGGAGCGGACGACCCCUUGCAGAGGACGGGCCAGCUGUUCGGGGGUCUGGCCCGCGACGCUCGGCGACGGUACCCCCGCUAUCUGAGCGACAUCACCGACGCGCUCAGCCCCCAGGUCCUGGCCGCCGUCAUCUUCAUCUACUUCGCCGCCCUCUCUCCCACCAUCACCUUCGGGGGCCUCUUGGGAGACAAGACGCGGAACCAGAUCGGGGUGUCGGAGCUGCUCAUCUCCACGGCGGUGCAGGGCAUCCUGUUUGCCCUGCUGGGGGCCCAGCCCCUUCUCGUGAUUGGCUUCUCGGGGCCCCUGCUGGUCUUCGAAGAGGCCUUUUACUCGUUCUGCGAGGACAACGGGAUGGAGUACAUAGUGGGCCGCGUGUGGAUCGGCGUCUGGCUGGUUCUGCUGGUGGUGCUGGUGGUGGCCUUCGAGGGCAGCUUCCUGGUGCGCUACAUUUCCCGCUACACCCAGGAGAUCUUCUCCUUCCUCAUCUCCCUCAUCUUCAUCUACGAGACCUUCGCCAAACUCAUCAAGAUCUUCCAGGACCAUCCGCUGAAGCGAUCCUACAGCUCCAACGACACCUGGACGCACCAACCCACCGUGGCCCAGCCCAACACAGCCCUGUUGUCCCUGGUGCUCAUGGCGGGGACCUUCCUCAUUGCCAUCCUCCUGCGCAAGUUCAAGAACAGCUCCUACUUCCCGGGCAAGCUGCGCCGGAUCAUUGGUGACUUUGGGGUCCCCAUCUCCAUCUUCCUUAUGGUUCUGGUGGACACCUUCAUCCAAGACACUUACACUCAGAAACUGAAGGUGCCCAAGGGACUGACGGUGUCCAACACCACGGCCCGAGGCUGGUUCAUCCACCCGCUGGGCCUGCGCCGAGUCUUCCCCUACUGGAUGAUGUUUGCUUCCGUCCUGCCCGCCCUGCUGGUCUUCAUCCUCAUCUUCCUCGAGUCCCAGAUCACCACGCUGAUCGUCAGCAAGCCGGAGAGGAAGCUGGUGAAAGGGUCGGGCUUCCACCUGGACCUGCUGCUGAUCGUGGGCAUGGGCGGGCUGGGUGCGCUCUUCGGGAUGCCCUGGCUCAGCGCCACCACCGUGCGCACGGUCACCCACGCCAACGCCCUCACCGUCAUGGCCAGCACGACCUCCACCGGGGACAAGAGCCGGGUUCAGGAGGUCAAAGAGCAACGUAUCAGCGGGCUCCUGGUCUCCUUGCUCAUAGGCCUCUCCAUCCUCAUGGAGCCCGUCCUGAAGCAGAUCCCGCUGGCCGUGCUCUUUGGGAUCUUCCUGUACAUGGGCGUCACCUCGCUCAGUGGCAUCCAGCUCUUCGAUCGCAUCCUGCUGUUGCUGAAACCCUCCAAGCACCACCCUGACGUGCCCUAUGUGAAGCGGGUGAAGACCUGGCGCAUGCACGUGUUCACGGGCACCCAGGUGAUAUGCCUGAUCCUGCUCUGGGUGGUCAAGUCCACGCCCGCCUCCCUGGCACUGCCCUUCAUCCUCAUCCUCACGGUGCCCCUGCGCCGUUUCCUGCUGCCCUUCAUCUUUCGCGAAUUAGAGCUCCAAUGUCUGGACGCGGACGACGCGGAGGUGGUGUUGGACGAGGAAGACGGGAGGGACGAGUACUACGAGGUGCAGAUGCCCGUGUGAGCGGGUGGGCCAGCCGGGGCCCGGGAAGGGGGAGGUGGGGGCGAAGCGAUGCCCACCCCUCCGCCCGCGGGGCCGCCUACACCAGCCUGGGGAAGGAAUGAGACAGUCGGGGGCGGGGGGCGGGGGGCGCAGGGGGCGAGCAAAAAGAGUGUUUGGCUUUGUUAGUUGCGUAUUGGGGAUAGACCCUGGGGUUGGGGGCUCACUCUCACACUCACCCCUCUCUCGGCCCAGGGUGGGGGGCGGGAUUUUCAGAUUCCAAAGCGACUCGGGAUAGACCCCCACCCCCUCCGCCCCGCAGCCCCCCUUAACCCCUGCCCCUUCCCCCCCCCACCGUGACCUCAACCCUCAAAGGUCAAAGCUUCAUUCCUCCGCCCGACCCCCAAGGCAGUCGGGGCUCCGAGGGGUGGGUAGGGGGCUUCCCCUCACCCCCAUCCGUGAAUGGGACCCCCUUGGGCCGGGGGCAACUCAACAGUAUGUCGAUAAUGGGUGGGAGGGGAAGCCCGGGCUUCUGGGGGAGGAAGAUCUGUCGUCUAGCGAAGAUGUAUUUCCGAAGAUUUCAGUUUGCACCUCGGCUUCAAACCAUCCCCCCCGGGGACUGGUGUCUUCCCCGCCGCCCAACGUUGCUUCCGACUCAGAGGAGGGAGGGGUGAACGGGGUCGGAGGUCCCUUAGGGAAAUCUAUUUUUUAAAAAAAGCAAAAAUACAAAAAGAGUUGGAGGGGAACGAGGGAAAGUGGGAAGCGGGAGGGAGGGCAGGGAUUGAGAACUGAGAGAGGGCAUUCAUUCAUUCAGUCAGUCGUAUUUAU